AUGGUGGCUGACGCGCUGACUCACAAGGAUAUAACUGAUCUGAGAGCAAUAUUUGCUGAUCUUAGCUUAUUUGAUGAUGAUAGUUUGCUGGCUAAGCUUCAAGUUAAACCAGUGUGGAUCGAGCAGAUUAAGAGUAAACAACUGGAAGAUAAGUCAUUGGGUCAUCGAAUUUGCGUACCUAAGGAUACUGAUUUAAGACAGACUUUGCUGCAAGAGGCUCAUAGUAGCCCUUAUGCUAUGCACCUAGGUGGAAAUAAGAUGCACAAAGAUUUUCGUGAGUUAUAUUGGUGGACAGGGCUUAAGCGAGAGGUGACCGACUUUGUAGGGAAAUGUUUGACUUGCCAGCAAGUUGAGGCAGAACUUCAGUUGCCUUCUGGGUUGCUUCAGCCGAUGGCACCUUACGAAGCAUUAUAUUGUCAUAAGUAUCGCACUCCUUCAUGUUGGACUGAGCUGGGUGAGCGGCAUGUUCUGGGCCUUAAGCUAGUAUCUGAUACCGAAGAUAAGAUUAGAUUAAUUUGGGAUCGACUGAAGGUAGCAUCAGAUAGACAAAAGUCUUAUGCGGAUCUGAAGCUUAAGGAAAUUGAAUAUUCUGUGGGAGAUUUUGUCUUUUUGAAUAUCUUGCCAUGGAAGAAGGUACUUAGAUUUGGGCAUAAGCGCAAGUUAAGCCCAAGGUUUAUUAAGCCUUACUGCAUUGUGUUUCACGUCUCGAUGCUGAGACGCUACCGCUCUGAACCUACGCAUGUGGUACCGGUUGAGGAGAUUGAAGUUAGACCAGACUUGACUUUCGAGGAAGAACUAGUCCAGAUUUUGGAUUGA